AUGACUGCAGAAUUUGCAGCACCAAUUGUUCCAGUACUUAAGCAAGACGGCCGCAUAAGAAUUUGUGGAGAUUUCAAGUUAACGACGAACAAAAUAACAGAAUUGGAGCAAUAUCCACUGCCAAACAUUGAAGAUUUGUUUGCUCAGUUAUCCGGUGGAACCCUAUUUUCAAAACUUGACCUCCGAGAUGCUUAUUGCCAGUUGCAGUUGGACGAAGACUCUAAGAACUUAGUAGUCAUCAACACACAGAAAGGCCUGUUCCGUUAUACCAGAUUACCAUUUGGUGUAGCUUCUGCUCCUGCGGUGUUCCAGCGAGAGAUGGAAAAGAUUCUCCAAGGUUUACAGGGUGCUUCCUGUUACUUAGAUGAUCUCCUAGUAACAGGGAAAGACAGAGUAGAACAUUUACAGAAUUUGAAUGCAGUUCUCUCACGCUUGCAAGAAGCUGGCAUGAAGCUCCAUCCAGAAAAGUGCGAGUUUUGGAGAUCUUCAGUUGAAUAUCUUGGUCAUCGCAUCGACAAAGAUGGACUCCAUCCAGUUGAAUCGAAGGUAGAAGCAAUUGCCUGUGCACCUGAUCCCAGAAACGUAGAUGAAUUGCGUUCGUUUAUCGGACUGAUCACUUACUACGCCAAAUUUUUGCCGAACAUGGCCACCCUGCUAGCCCCUUUGUAUGAACUUUUAAAAGAGAAACAGGCAUGGGAAUGGGGUGCAACUCAGAAAGAAGCUUUUACUAAAGUGAAAGAAACCCUAAGAAGUUCAUCACUCCUGAUGCACUUUGAUAAUGCCAAAGAAGUAGUGUUGGCUUGUGAUGCCAGUCCUUACGGAUUAGGAGCUGUGUUAUCUCAUGAAACCAAAGAUGGGGACCGCCCUAUUGCCUUUGCUUCACGGUCACUGACUAAAGCUGAGAGAAAUUAUAGUCACAUUGAGAAAGAAGCAUUAGCUUUGGUGUUUGGAGUUACUCGGUUUCGAAAAUACCUGCUCGGCAGAAAUUUUACUCUUUUGACUGAUCACCGUCCUCUUGUAAACCUCCUUUCAGAAGAUAAGCCUGUUCCUACUGUUGCGGCUGCACGGAUACAACGUUGGGCUCUGACCCUAUCAGCCUACUCAUACAAAAUAAAAUUUCGAAAAGGGAACUUGCAUUCGAAUGCUGAUGCUUGUAGCCGUCUACCUCUAGCUACUAGAUAUCCUGAUCCGCCAGUCCCAGCGGAAUCAGUAUUGCUCUUGAAACAGUUUGACAGUAGUCCGGUAACAAGCCAUUUAAUUGCCAGAGAAAUUGAAAGUUCCUCGGAUCUGAAAUUGCUGCGUUCUUAUAUUGCAAGGGGUUUCCCUAAAAGCAUCCAGCAAAAUUUAAAACCAUUUUUCAAAUUAAAGGAUGAGUUGUCAAUCGAGGGGGGUAUAAUUUUGAGAGGCUCUCGGGUAUUUAUUCCCCCUAAAUUUAAGAGAUUCAUAAUAGAUGAGCUUCAUGCGGCUCACCAAGGCAUAGUUGCAAUUAAAUCAUUGGCUCGUUCUUACGUUUGGUGGCCAAGCAUAGAUAGUGAUCUAGAAGCUAAAGUAAGGGAGUGUGCUAUCUGCCAGCAAAAUGCUUCAGCACCUCCUGCAAAGCAAGUCUCAUGGCCUGUUCCUGAUCAAUCUUGGGAACGAAUUCACAUUGACCAUGCCGGUCCUGUGGAAGGACAUAUGCUGCUGAUAAUUGUUGAUGCUAAGACAAAAUGGUUAGAAGUCGCCCGAGUCUCCAGUACCUCUGCUAAUGUUACCAUAAUGGUUUUGCGAGAUUUAUUUGCGCGUUUUGGUAUUCCAAAAAGCAUAGUCAGUGACAAUGGUCCUGGGUUUAGCAGUGAUGAAUUUUGUGAGUUUCUGUCGCACAAUGGCAUUUCUGACAUAAAAACAGCUCCGUACCAUCCAAAUUCCAAUGGGAUCGCAGAAAGAGCUGUCCGAACAGUGAAAUCUGCACUUAAAAGAAUCAGGGAGGGGACUUUUGAGGAAAGACUUGUCAGAUUUUUGUUUAACUAUAGGAAUACGCCCCAUGCAUCUACGGGCAUAUCUCCUGCUUUUGGCAUGUUUGGCCGACCCCUACGCUCACGCUUAGACUUGCUGAGAAAUGCUUAUAGGCAAAGAGAAGUCCAUUCUGACCCUGGGAGAUUCAGGACAGGGGAUUUAGUUUGGGUUCGCAACUUCAGACAGGGCCCUAAGUGGAUUGAGGGCUGCAUUCUAACCCAAAUGGGUAAGAUCAUGUGCAAAGUUGAAACUGCCAGGGGCACAUGGAUACGUCAUGCUGACCAAAUCCGCCGACGGAUUGGCAGCAGCUUUGAAGAAAGUUCAAUAAAACCUAGGCCAGCUACUGCUUCUUCAAAUGCUGGAGAGGAGGACGCAGUUCCUGUGGUGGAAGAAGAAAAGCCGGGCGAUUCAAAUGAACCGCCACUUCUUUCGCCUCCAAGUCAUAAUCCAGUUCCCAAGGAGCAUCCUCCAGUUCUUUCCCCACAAUGCAAGACCCCAACACAGAUGCAACCUUUAUCGACCCCAAUAGUAGCGCAGCAACCUCGGAAACAAGAUUCCAUGGUGAUUGUACCCAGAAGGUCAACGAGAAACAAAGUGAGACCUUGUCGUCUAAACUUGUGA